UCGGCAAUGGUGCUAUUAGCAUCCUGGCAAAGCGAUGACGAUCAUACUCCUGGUACUGAGAUGGACGAACGAGAAACGUCUUGGGUGCGGUGUCUAGCGAUCCUGGACCACUAUGUCGAACAAAUCCACUCCGCAGAUCACGCGGUCAAGAUUCUUAAGACGAUUAAGGCUCAGAUCUGGAACACAUCACGCGCGAAUGCAAUGCAAGGAUCCAGUGAACAGCAGAGAGUCGAGUCGAAUAUGAGGUUACCUGCCGAGGUCAAUGCUGGCAUUCCUACCGCCGAGAUGUACCCUCAGCUAUCACUCGACGAUCCCGAGCUUUUCAGCACCGACAACAUCGCAGAGGCAUGGUACGGACAGCAGUUGGUGAAUUUGGAUUGGCUGGAAAUACCGAACCUCCUCUUCUCUGACGACUUCAAAGGCGCGACUUCGCUGGGUCCGAGGGUGCCAAACGAAACUCCCAACUGGCUUGUGGAUCAUUUGGUCGCGGGUCAAACUUGACGACAAGAGAAUUCUGUUUGAUGUCAACAUGACAGGAAGAGACGAGAUGAGGAUGCGCACCUUUACUGCAAAGACGGAAUCAUUGUCGAGAUAGUCGUCGCUCUCAGAAUCAUAGAUCUGAGUCGUAAGCAGCUCGUAUCCUCCCUUCUGGGCAAUCAUACGAAACAUGUGCGGUCGCGCGCAAGGUUGUUUCGUCCGAGCUUACUUGGGUUUAGAGGUAUGGGACAGGCAUCGAUACCUGCCAAUG